AUGUACGUUGGUGCGUGGCAGGAGUACAAACUCAUGAAGGUCAUCGAGGACCUUCGUGAGGAGAAUGAGCGUCUACGGCGUGACGCCGCCGGCUCCCCAGAUGGGCUCACCUCGGCGGCCUCACGCUGGGGUGUCGGCGGCGGCCAAGGAAGUAGCCAUCACUUCCCUGCUAGCAUGGGGGAUGUGCGGGCGGGCGGGGCUGCAUCGGUUGACUCCGCCACUUUGACGCACGUGGAGCCCACGGCCUCUGCACCGCGGUCUGGGCCUCGCCGGGGUCCCCGGAACCCAAAGCCGAAGACGCUGCGCCUCAUGACGACGGUGCGUGACGUCGGCGUGUUUGUUGAGGAGGAGGCCGGCGCCGGGGUGGCGCCCCUGAGUAGCUCCGCCAGCGUGGCGUCCAGAAGUUGCAGUGAGGGGACGGAGAAUAAAAAAACUCGCUCGCUCUCAAGCAGGGACUUCCGCGAGCUGAUGGGGCACAGGCAGCUGUACACGAAGGAUCUCACGGGCUCUCUGGAAGCCAACUCCGCCGCCGUUGUGCAUGCGGAAAUAGGCACUGGCAGAAUACUUGGGGCCUCUCACCAGCGUGCCCCACCCCCGGCAGCCACGGAUGCUGCCGCCGGCUUGUUGCCGUCCCUCAUAGGUUCGUCGCAAGUCCGGGAAAAUCCCCUUUUAAGGGAAUUGCUGCGAGGAGCCCCGUUAGACACCAAGACAAAGUACCAACAGGCGGGCCAGCCAUUGCCGGAGCGAAAGGCACCAAAGAACUCAAAAAAAGGUCCUGGACUUAGCGAGGAAGAGGUGCAGCGGCGCGUCGAGCGACGACUUCGCCUGCAGAUGUUGUACACUGGAAAUCUGUCCGGCGCCGAACAUGUUUUUCCCGACACUGGCGAGCCUUUAAAGGGGCAUCAGGGUCCUCGGGCAUUACCGCCAGUUGAGUCAGAAGAGCAAGCACAACAGCCAACCGGCUUUACGUCUGGCACCGGGCAAGCCUUCCCAAGUGUGCCGUGGGACUGUCCCGCUUCUAAGCUUCCCCUCAACACCUCUGCAGAAGAUGGCGUGACGCCGCUUCUGACUUCUACGGCGCUUUCCGCAGCCAUGGAAGAGAAGCGGGGUAGGUUGCAGCGGGUUUCCUCACCGUCUGCGUAUCGCAACCGUUUGAGGCAUCCUUACGAUGUGGGGGCUCCGUUGGCACCGCCGUCUUUAGUUGCCACCCUCUCUUGCGGAGAUGUGGCGUCCCUGCGGUGUCCCUCAUGGAGUGGCGAAACUGCAGAGGGGGGCGAUAGACAUGACAACAGUCAUCUUGGUGGGAAUGCAUUUAGCAACGCCUACGACGCUGGCCCGCGCUCUGAUGUCAAGAGUGUCUCUAGCGCGCAUAAUGAAUUAAACAUGCCGUGGGCUUCAGUUGGAGAGACAAUUGCCAACGAUGAGUAUCUUGUUUCCGCGGGCCGUUCAGGCGCCCUUCCGGCUUCGAAGGUGCAUGCUGGGGCGAACUUAACGGCAGAUCCAAUGGAUGAUGACACAAUAGGCAUGCUGAUUAACUGGGCUGAGCAGUUGGAUCCCGACAGCAUUGUCUGA